CAGCGGCCAGGGUCACAGAACAGAGGUGCAGUUGGUUUUCUUCAUCUUCCUAAAUGGAAAGGUGCCAAGGUGUGUUUGGUGAAGAAGACAUGACGGCCUCUCUAAACGACUCCAGACAGAGCCCCUCCAUCUCCACCUGUUCUCCCAUGAGCAGAGUCAAGGCCCUCCAGGUGGACUCGGUGCAGCGGUGGAUGGAGGACCUGCGCCACAUGACGGAGGUGGAGUGCAUGUGCGUGCUGCAGGCCAAGCACAUCGGAGCGGAGGAGGAGGGCGGCCACCAGGGGGAGCUGAUCGUGGCGUCCGCGCUGGGGGCGGGCGGCGAGCACGUGGUGACCCGGAACAACCUGCAGUCGCUGCUGCGCCGCGCCCUGGUGGUCAGCACCGAGCUGGGCAAGAUGUUCCAGAGGCUGGAGAAGGGCCGCUGGCAGAGGGUGCACAGCACGGCCGUGCGCGCCAACUGCCACGUGCGCUCGCUGGUGCAGGAGUACGGGGCGGCGCGGAACACGCCCCCUGAGAUGCAGAAGUAUGAAAAAAGUCUACUAGAAAAGUGCAUGGAGCUCACCAACAUCACAGAGAGGUGCCUGCACACCGACGACGAGUUCUUCCUCAAGUCCAUGAGAGAAGCUAUCCAUGAGAUUCUCACUAACGUCAGCGAUUCGUUCAGCAACAUGAUUGACAUGGCACUGGCCAAUGAAAUCCAGGUGUUGAUCAAACAGGUGGAGUCGUCGGACAGCGUGUACACUAUCAGCAGCGCCAUCAGUAACCUGCUGUCCCUGACUCAGGACGGACCACAGCUGUGCAGCAUCAUCGCCAAGGAGGGAGCGGUGGUGGCCUUGUUCAAGAUCUGUCGCCAGGACUGCUUCAGCGACCUGUACGCCCACGCCCUGAGGACUGUGGCGUCCAUCUGCUGCGUGGAAGAGGGCAUCAAACAACUGGACAAGGUGGAUGGAAUCUUGUGCCUGGCUGACAUCCUGACAGAGGAGAACAGCGAUGAGGCGGCGAGGGCGGAGGCAGCAGCAGUCGUGGCUCAGAUCACCUCCCCCCACCACACCUCCACCCAGCACCUGGCCAGUUUCCUGGAGAGCAUGCAUGACAUCGUCACCGCACUCAUCAAGCUGUGUGCAACGGCAUCCUGUGGCGAGGUGUUCCUGCUGGCGUCGGCCGCCCUCGCCAACAUCACCUUCUUCGACAGCAUGGCCUGUGAGAUCCUGCUGCAGCUCAACGCCGUGCAGAUCCUGCUGGGGGCCUGCAGCGACCGGCAGCGUGUGGACACGCCCUACUCCAAAGACCAGGUGGUGACCAUCUUGGCAAACCUUUCUGUUUUGGGGCAGACGGCACCUGAAGUUCUUCAAGAGAAAGGGAUCGAGCGUCUGCUGGUGCUGCUGGGGGAGACACCGUCCUCCCCCAGCCCGUCGGAGGGCGCUGCCUGCGAGCGCGUCCAGCAGAAGGCGGCCGUCACGCUGGCACGGCUCAGCCGAGACCCAGCGGUCGCACGCACCGCCAUCCUGUUGAACGCUCCGGCUCGUCUCAUCAAGCUCUGCCGCUCCCCCGCCGAGCGCAACAACAGCGAUUCUGUGCUGGUGGCCUGCCUGGCUGCUCUCAGGCGGCUAGCGGCAGGGUGUCCAGACGGCAUCGAACCUGCGGACCACCAGCAGCUCAUCAAGCCCCGGCUGGUGGACUCCUUCCUGCUGUGCUCCAACAUGGAGGAGAGCUUUGUGUGAUCCUGCUCCUCCUCACCAUGCUGCAGCUCCUCC